AUGGCAUCGUCGCAAAGAUCCAUCGGUGAACCGUGUGCAUUUUUACCGAAUCGACCGGGUGAACCUUACUUUCAACUGCGACUCAUACCGGAUCGGAUAGUCUUUCGAGGAGAGCGAUUGAGUGAGGUGGCAACAACCGUUGAAAUGCAAAUGAUAAACCUGACACAGCAUCGCCAAUGCUUCAAGAUCAAAUGCACUUCAGUGGAAAUCUUUCGUGUUCGACCACCGUUGGGUUUCUUGAACGGUGGUGAGACGAUACCAAUUCGAAUCACCUUCUUCAGUAAGCAAGUACCGCAAACUGGAAAGCAUUUUUUCGUCUUCUAUCACAUUGCAACGAAUGAGAAAGCACCACCUCGUCAAAUAUGGUCUCACGUAACAAAACCAGACGGUGUAUGCCGAGUUUUGUGUGCUUUCGAACGAGACGACGGGGCUCAGGCGGUUGUUCCGGACGCGGCGCCUAGGGGCGCUGAAACGAAACCACUCACACCGAUCCAUAAACCAAGCACUAAUAGCAAUUCAGAGAAACGAAUGGAUUCAUCAACCGCAUCCGGCCGUGUGAAAUCAUCCGAAAAAGCAUCUCCACCACCUAAAAAUCAGCUUUAA